AUGAGCUCCAAUGAAAAUAGUGAAGUGGCAGUAGACAAGGUAGGAGAUGAGAAGACCGGGGACGCAAAAAGUGACCUGAAAGGAGCCAAAAGGGCAGCAGAGGAGAAAUCAUCAGACGCGAAAAAGGCGCGAAAAGAGGAGAACGGCGGCGGUGGUGAGGAAGAGGGACACAGCGAAGAAGAUGACUUAGACGUUUACGAAGGAGAGGGAGAGGAAGAUGAUGACGAGGAAGUGGAAGGAGAGGAGGGGGAGGAAGACGAGGAGGACUUGGAGGGAGAGGACGACGAUCUGGAGGACGAGGAGGUGGAGGAGGAGUUAUUAGACGAGGAGGAAGAGGAUGACGCGACGCGUCGGCCGCCGGCCGGGGCGCGAGGGGAGGGGCGGCGUAGUCCCCCCGCGGGGCGCGUGGCCUCGUUCGAUUGCUGCGUCCCCGCCCCGCGCCCCGCACCCCCGCGCGGCGCGUCGAUACGCGUGGAAAAUCACUCGGAGCGCGCUAUACAUCGCUGCGUGUGGCCAGAGCCGCCUAGCCGCCGAGCUCGCGCCGGUCGCCGGACACAAUACUAUGAAAUCAUGUGUUGGUACGUAGUGUUGAUGCUGUGCUGGUGCUCAGUGACCGGUCUCAGGGUCGGAGUGGGCAUCGCUGACGUCACAGGACCUCCCGCAGAGAUCAAUUUCAUGGGUUACGCCAAUUUCGAGCAGACCGGUCACGGCAUUCAUCUGCGUCAGUUUUCUCGUGCGUUUGUUCUCGAGGAUGGUGGGAGUGGUGAUGGUACCACCAAGGUCGUGUUCGUGUCCGUGGACGCCGCUAUGAUGGGUCAUGGGGUCCGGAGAGAGGUCAUAAAACGUCUUCAGAAGAGAUACGGAGAGAUAUACCAUGAAGGAAACGUCAUCAUUAGUGGAACUCACACCCACUCUACUCCGGGAGGGUUCCUACUAGACUUCCUCUUCGAUCUGCCCAUACUGGGUUUUGUUAAAGAGACUUAUGUAGCUCUGAUCGCUGGCAUAGUGAAGAGUAUCAUUCAAGCUCAUAAUUCCCUGACUGAGGCUCGCAUGCUGUACGGUGAGGGCGAGGUAUUGGACGCUAACAUCAACCGAUCACCGACUUCGUACUUACGGAACCCACCCGAGGAGAGAGCCAAGUACAAGUAUGACACGGAUAAGACCCUGGCCCAAGUGAGGUUCGUAAAGCCGACUGGUGACGUGCUAGGAGUCAUCAACUGGUUCGCCGUACAUCCUACAAGUAUGAACAACACCAAUAAGCUGAUCUCCUCAGACAACGUGGGAUACGCCUCCAUACUCAUGGAGAAGGUUUUGAAUGGAAACAAAACUCUACCUGGCAAGGGUCGUAUAGUAUGUGCCUUUUCAUCCACUAACCUGGGCGACGUGUCUCCCAACACUCGCGGUCCUCGCUGUGAGUUCUCCGGCCAGCCGUGUGACCAGGAGACUCUGUUGUGUAAACUGCCCAAAGAAAGAUGCUUCGCGUCCGGUCCGGGUCGGGACAUGUUUGAGAGCACUCAGAUUAUCGCCACUAAGAUGUUUGAUACUGCUAUAAAAGUUCUAAGCCAGCCCGGUGAGGACAUCACGGGUCCUAUAGGAAUGGUCCAUCAAUAUGUAGCCAUGCCCCAGCAGGAGGUGGCGCCCUACGACCCCGUCACGGAAACCUUUAACACGAGCGUGUCAGUGAAGGGUUGCGUGCCAGCGAUGGGGUACAGCUUCGCGGCGGGCACGACGGACGGUCCGGGCGCGUUCAACUUCACUCAAGGCACCACCACCACCAACCCCCUGUGGAACGCGGUGCGCGACCUGCUGGCCGCGCCCACCCCCGAGGACGUCGCCUGCCAACAUCCUAAGCCUAUACUGCUGGCUACUGGAAGGGCGGAGUUUCCGUACGAGUGGCAGCCUCACGUAGUCUCAUGUUCGGUGGCUCGUCUGGGCGGGCUGAUUGUGGCCGCCGUGCCGGGAGAGUUCACCACCAUGGCUGGGCGGAGGCUGCGAGGGGUCGUAGGGCGGGCGGCUGGCUCACGAGCUGUCAUCGCUGGACUAUCUAAUAUAUACUCGGACUAUAUCACCACGCCUGAAGAGUACCAGGCCCAGCGGUACGAGGCCGCGUCCACCAUCUACGGGCCCAACACGCUGCACAUAUAUCUGCACAAGUACAAGGAACUCACCGAGGCCUUGAUGGAGGGCUCCGCGGUGCCCCCGGGCCCUUCUCCGCCUGACCUGAGCCAGCAGCUUAUCACUCUGGUGCCUCCCGUGCUGUGGGACUCCGCCCCCUACAAGCAUGAGUUCGGAGACUGUCUGCAGCAGCCGCACACACACUACAGCUAUGGAGACACUGUCACCGCCACAUUCGUGUCAGGUCACCCCAGGAACAGUCCUCGUCACGGUCGCUGGUUCGUGUCGGUGGAGCGACUGGAGCCUGGGACCGAAGACUCCUGGGAGGUGGUCGCCACGGACGCGGACUGGGAGACCAAAUACAUCUGGAAGCGUAAUUCAAAGAUACUAGGCACGAGCGAGGCGGUGGUGGAGUGGGAGGUUCCUGAGGGUACUCCCGCGGGAACAUACCGGCUGCAUCACUACGGGAACUAUAAAUACAUACUAGGAGGAGUCUAUCCCUACCACGGGUUCACUGACCCCUUCCAAGUCUCUUAA